CAUAAUUAAUGAAUGCUAAUGAUAACUUAUGUAGGCUAAUACAGUGUUUUUAUUUUCUAAUUUAGGGUAAAAUACUGAAAUGUUAUACCUAAAAGCAAAUUUGAUUAUUGUUUGAGUCUAACUGAGAGUAGGAGGGAGACUCGGAUGAAAGGUGGGUGAGUAGAGUAAGCAACGGAGAAGUUAGGGCAGAAGAGAUUCUUAGAGUAAGUAGCAUGGGAGUUUGGGCAGAGAGAAUUCUUAGAGAGAUAAAGUUCUUAGUAGGUAGAGUGAGAGAGUGAAAAAUGCGAUCCCCUCACCCACCGGAGUAAAUGCCAUAUUUAUAGGCUACAUGGUGGUAGGUGAGUUAUCCAAUGUGACAUGACUACUGACAUGUCAGAAGUUUAUGUCAUACCUCUACCUAGGACUAGAAGUUUGACUAUGAUUAUACCUAGGACAAUGAUGUGACUACUCUUCGGGAAACGUGGCGUUGUUUUCCUGGUUUCUUGGUCUAGUCAAGGCUUAAUUGAAACGUCGUCGUUCGGGGUCCAGGGUCUUCGUCCGCGCGGGCGUGAUCCUCGCGAGGGCGCCUUGGUUGUGGUAGUAUUGGCGCGCCUGACCCUUCUGGGGCGGUGCCGGGAUGCUUCCCUAACGCGACUAGACCCGAGCCAUAUAAUACCCAACAAUUACCAAAUCAAAUAUUUAAGUUUAACCAUCUAAAUAAGAAAAGGUAAAACCGUAAAAGUGGUCAAAGUCAAACUGAUAAAAUAAUUGUUUACACUUUACAUGCGACUAUAGUACCGUUAUACGUGAGCAAAUGUCCAUAUUAACCUCCUCUGCCAGGUGGAGUUUUAUCACAAUUACCGAUUGCAAACGACCUCUCCUCUGUACUAUCCGGCAAAGCUUAUCCCACCCCAAAUUAGACCCUUUUACGAUACUGCCCUUCUCCCUCGCUUUAUUUACCCCCUUCAUCCCCCUCUAAACCCUCUUCAGUUCCUAUUUUGUUUUCAGAAACAGAGCAUUUCAAUUUUCAAACUUCCGUGUUUUCAGAAAAGAAAGGGAAGAACAGAGUAUCGCAGCUCAAUUCCAUCCAUGGCGACACUUCACUAUGCAGCUUAUUUGCUUCUCCUUUCCCUCUCCCUCACUGUAAAACCCGGAAAGUCGCAGUCGUUCAUCGGAAUAAACAUCGGCCAGGUGGCCGACAACCUCCCGCCGCCGUCCGCCACCGCGAAGCUCCUCCAAUCCACCACGAUCCAGAAGGUCCGCCUCUACGGCGCCGACCCGGCGGUCAUCAAAUCCCUAGCCAACACCGGGAUCGGAAUCGUAAUCGGCGCGGCGAACGGCGACAUCCCGGGCCUCGCCUCCGACCCGAGCGCCGCCGCCAGCUGGAUAAGCACCAACGUCGCCCCCUUCUACCCUGCCAGCAACAUCAUCCUCAUCACCGUCGGCAACGAGGUGAUGUCCUCCGGCGACCCGAACCUCGUCAACAACAUCCUCCCGGCGAUGCGGAACGUCCAGAACGCCCUCACCGCCGCGUCCUUCACCAAAAUCAGAGUCUCCACCGUCCACUCCAUGGCGGUGCUGAAGCAAUCGGAGCCGCCGUCGGCCGGGGCGUUCGACGGGGACCUGAUGAAGGGGCUUCUGGAGUUCAACAAGGAGACGGGCUCCCCCUUCGCCAUCAACCCGUACCCGUAUUUCGCCUACCGGGACGACACCCGACCCGACACGCUGGCCUUCUGCCUGUUCGGGCCGAACCCGGGUCGGGUCGACGGGAACACCAAGAUCAAGUACAUGAACAUGUGGGAUGCCCAGGUGGACGCGAUUUACUCGGCGCUUAACGCGGCGGGAUUCAAGGACGUGGAGAUCGUCGUGGCGGAGACCGGAUGGCCGUACAAAGGCGACGCCAACGAGGCCGGGGUGAACGUGGAGAGCGCCAGGGCUUACAACGGUGGCCUGAUUUCCCACCUGAGAUCCAUGGCUGGGACGCCGUUGAUGCCGGGGAAAUCGGUGGACACGUAUCUGUUUGCGUUGUACGACGAGGAUUUGAAGCCCGGGCCGGGCUCCGAGAGGUCUUUCGGACUCUUCAACCCGGAUCUCACCAUGACGUACGACGCCGGGUUGAUGAAGAGCGGCAACAACACCGCUAGUCAGGGGACGGAUCUCGGCUCGGCGACGGCUCCUGCGCCGACGAUGACUUCUCCGACGACGCCUACUGCGCCAUCUUCGACUAAUACCUCCACCACGCCGAGUCCUGUAGUUCCGGCGCCAUUUGCGGCAAGGUCUGCUUCUCCGCCGACUUCCAUUACUGGGUCCGAUCCGAGGAAGAGUCCUCAGCAGCUAUCAACUGCGAAAAGCUCUACCAGCUUGGGGAGCCUGGGACAUCCCUAUUCGUGUUUGUCGAUUCUCCUACCAUUAGUACUGGUUGGGCUUUUGGCCCGUUGAAUGCCCCGGCGUUUCCAGGGUUCGUAUAUGACAGUGCCGCGAAAGGAUUUGCACGGCCCCGUCACACGGCUUCGUAUAUGAUAGUGGUGUAUAAUUUGUAUUUUGAUCGUUCAUUUUGUGAAAAUUAAUGUGGUUCAGUUCACCAGGGUUCUUUUCUGCCUUCUGGUGCUCUUUUUUCAAGUUAUGGAUCGUUGUGCAAAACAUAUUGUGUCGCUCGUCGUGUUCGUCGGAGCCAUGUGAUCAGUUCGAAAUUUGUUAGCCCUGGUUUAAGGUAAGAGUUGGAUACUGGUUUUGCUUUGUUGUGGAGGUCUGGUGGGGCUUGCUUUGGAAAUGGAACUGGGGAAGGUGUUGAUUUCUUAGGGGGGAAGAAAAGAAGCACUUUGGGGUGCCCUAAACCAAAAAGGAGGUCAAAGAUCGAAAGCCAUAGAUGCUACAGCACAUUCGCCGUUACUUUUGUCCCAAGCUACUGUGCCACCUUGAUCAUCCUCUGGUAUUGAGUGGAAACGCAGCAGGAAUUGGCGCCUUCCCUUUUUGGCUCUGCCUUUACCAAGUUUGGUCUUCAGAUUGGGCCUAACUUCUGGCUAGUCAUCAACCCACACUUCAGAUUAUGAUUCAAAUAUUCAAUAGUUAAGAGUAUUAUUUUUUUAUAAGGGUGAGAAUUGCAAUUAACUGAAAAGAGAAUCCAAACAACAGUCUUGGAUACAAAGUCUAGCAGAAGAAAGAAAAUAAAAGGUAAAGAGAAAAUAAAAAGAAGGAAAGGAUCCAGCGGAACAAGAAGUAUGGAAAUUUUUCCAGAAAUAGCACCUUUAAAAAAAAUUUACAAAAAUAGCACCCAUCCGAAAAAAUUUACACUAAUAGCACCCUUUUUAUUAGACCGCACCUUAGAGGUGCGUUUUAUAUUUAAACCGCACCCUAAGGAUGCGUUUUAUAAAUAAACCGCACCACUAAGGUGCGUUCUAAAUUUCUGGACCAAAACCGCAUUUUGGCGAAGCAGUUUUAGGUCUGACCUACGAAAACCGCUUGGCCGAGGUGCGGUUUUGGCCUGACCUAUUAAAACCGCAUUAUAAAG